AUGGAUCCUGCGUCGACGGAAAAUCCCUUACAGAUUCUGCUGAAGCAGCUUGAAGCGAACGAAGUGGAUGCACUCGCGAAAGAAUGCGGUAUGACUGGAGGUAUCGACUCUGUGGAAGUCUUGGACACAGCCAGAUCACAAGCCUUGCAGAUGGAAGAGGAUGCGAAGGUCUUGCGCUCAAAAAUUGCAAGGAUCGAAAACGGUACUCUCCGCUCAGAGCUGACAGCUUUCGCGAGGCCUCCCCGCGCCAUUGACGGUUCCCGUUUCUGGGCAGUCCUUAUUGGCAUUGACGGAUACAGAACUAACCCACUGCGUGGUUGCGUGUCGGACGCGCUAGAGAUGAAUGACUACUUACUCAAUGAUCUCGGUGUCCCCAAAGAGCACAUCCAGCUACUUCUCGGUCCCUCUGGCAAACACUGCGACCACUGUCUUCCUGUCGAAUAUUCCAACCCUAGUCGCUCGAACAUCAUCAAUACACUUUGCGAACUCAUUACCAAUCCUAAAAUCGAGAAAGACGAUAACAUCGUUAUCUACUUUGCCGGGCACGGUUCAUGCUAUGAUUAUCCUGACUGCUCAUAUCCCAGGAGUUACAAGUAUGGGAACUCGGAAAUUUCUUUUGGAAAUCUGAGAAUGAUUAGAUCGCUUUGCCCCAUCGAUCGUGAGGCUUGGGGCAGUUCCGUCUGCAAAGAACCCGACAUCAGCAACCGAGAGAUUGACGCCAUUCUCAAUCAAUUAAGCCUUGAAAAGGGCCACCACAUCACCUUCAUCCAGGAUGCCGGUAACGGUCUAACAAUCGAAUACCAAACUUCAGAAAUGCGCAACGUCCAAGCAUUGCACCCCGUCGACUUCGUUCGCAUGCUUGAAGCAGCCGAUGACACCGCUCGGAGGCUCCCAGCCUUUCGUGAAAAACCAUCCAUAUGGGAGCUGGACUGGAACGAAGAUAGCGCAUCUCACGUAGUCUUGGCGGCGACUGAAACCGGUCAUUAUACUCAUGAAAGACAGUAUGGAGAUACCGGAUUCCAUGGCAUUUUCACGCGCUCAUUGGUUCUCAUGCUCAAAUCAGACGAGCUGAGAAAAAGACCAACCUUCCGUGAUCUCAUUUCCUGUCUUCCACGUACUAUGCAGACAGCCGUUGUCUCUGGGGAACAUAAAAAUGCACCUCUCUGGUAUCAAAAAUGA